AUGGACUUCCCGGACGACCAAAGCACCAGCGAGUCUUCCGUCUGGACCUUCUUCCUUGGCCCGGCACGCGUCAAGCAGACGAUCCAUUCUGAUCUAGCUCGUCAUGUAUCGCCAGAACUGGAUAAAUUCGUGAAGGAAAAGUCUGUCGUGAAGGAUUCAAAGCUCGGAUCCGGUUCCGUGGUAACAUUGGAGGAAUUCGAUGCUGAAACCUUUGCUGCCUUCUGGGCAUAUACAUACCGAGGCGACUACAAAGUGCCCAAGCCCCCGGUCCCUCGAGAGGAAAAGACGAGACGAGAGAGUAUCCUCAGUCCGACAGGGACAUGGCGAGGCAUAUAUCGCUCGGAGUCAAUGUCCUCCGGUGUGCCGCCACCCGCUCCAUCACCACCAGGAUCUGUCUCAUCUGCAAGUCGGUCAGUAAGGCGACAGGUUGAACCUCAGCCCCAGCUUCAAUCCCAACCCCAACCCCAGCUCCAGCCUGAGCCUAUAUCCGAGCCUGUGUCCGAGCCUGUACCCGAACCCCAACCCGAGCCUCAGCCCGAAGCCAAGUCAAUUACCGAAGAAGAGCCAUUGGCGGAAGAUGCAUCUGCAACGCCAGAGGAUGGCUCAUAUGUGGCAGUCGAGCCGGUAGAAGCUGAGACUCAGCCUCAGGUUGAGCCCGAAGUUGAGCCCGAGAUUGAGCCCGAAGCAGCACCAGCAGCCGAGAUCGACCUUUGGGAUUCCCCGAAAGAUGCUAAAAGUAAAAAGGCCAAGAAGGGGAAGAAGGGGAAGAAGAAGAAUCAAUCCGAGUUCACUGAGGAGGCACCUGUCAACUUCACGCCGCCAUCGACGCCGCCUCCUGAACUCCCAGCAGAUGUGAAUGAAGCACCAUUGGAUGUGCCCGAGCAGCCCACCGAAGCAAACCCGGUUGACUGCUAUGGAGAGUCCACAGCAGCAGCAGAGCCGGAGCCAGCGUAUGACGCUCCUUCCCCUGCCCCUGCCGAGCCCGAGUCCGAGCCCAAGCCGGAGCCCGAGCAGGAGCCAAUAGUCGAAACAGAACAACCGGCAGAAGAGUGGGAACAAGCAGAACAGUAUGCUCCCGAGGAAAGCACCCCCCAAGACCAAUGGGAGGGUGCUGUGGAAGACCAACCUCAAGCCCCUAGCAAGCCAUCCAUCGACAUGUCCUUUGCCAAACAAUCCCUAGCCGACUCAUCAACCCGCACACCAGGCCUCAGUCUCUGGGAUGAAUUUGCCGCCCUCCAAUACAACGACGAGCAACGAACCGCAACCCAAACCCCCACCAUAUCCGGAACCGAAGUCCCCUACCUAACCUUCCACGCCAAGGUAUACGUCUUCGCCACUCGAUUCCUCAUCCCCUCCUUAGCGCAGCUCUGUCUCCGCAAGCUCCACCGCGACCUCCUCAGUCUAGCCCUCGAAGAUGCAGAUGCCAUGACUCCCAUCCCUGAUUCCCAAGCACUUGGCGACUUGGCCACGCUCCAAGCGCCAAUGGUCCUCGAUCUGCUCCGGUACGCAUACAACCACACGGAUCGGUUAGAGCCGAUAUCCGAAACGGUAGCGACGCAGAUUCGGGAGAAUGAGCUGCGGCGCUUGGUCGUUCAUUAUGCGGCCUGUAAGUUGAAGGCAUUGGCUAGGUACCAUUCGCCUGGUGAUAGUGAGGCUGCUACACCGGCUGUUCGUCAGAUGGAUGCUAAGGUUGAACGAGGCGAGAAUGCACCACCAAGGAAUCUUCGGGUGUUGCUGGAUACGACGCCGGAGCUGGCCUCUGAUGUUGUUUAUCGGAUGAUGUCAAUUUGA